AUGAAUCGUAACACAAAGUAUGUCCUUGUUGGGCCCCCAGAUCACGCCCGCGGCCCCUUGCCCCGAUUUGAAAUCCUUGCUCGGACCUGUGACGACUCUAUUCGCCCUCGCCUUCACAGUGAAGACAUUCGCCUGAACGUGGCCGCUGGUGUUGGAGCCCCGAUGGGUCUGCAAACUUAUUCCGUUGUACAUCGUUGGGUCUACAAAAAUCGGUCAAUUUCAAUUAUUGCACAGAUCACAAGUGAAAAAACAAGAGAGAAGGAGGGGGAGAGGAUAAUGGACGGCAAUCCCGACACUAUUGACACAAUCGCCCCUUCCAUCCCUUCCCACAUAUCCUCAUCACCCUCCAACCACCCCUCAUCCCUCAAACUCCUCACAAACGGCACCCACACCUUCAAAACCCUCACCCGACCCGCGGCCCGCAGGAUAACACUCCCGUACCCCACCGCAUCCAACACCCUAUACACCACCCGCAAAAUCCGGGCCCGAAAGCCCGGCCCAAGCCCGCGGGCCUCGACUGCCUUUAGAAUCCUCUCCGACGAGUCGAUCCACACGGAGACGAACUCGGCCAUGAGGCCCAUCUUUUGCGAGACUCCGCACAUCCACUCGAGAUCCGAGAGGCACCGAGUGAUUCCUUCCUCGGAAGAUUCCGCCAGCUGGCGCUCGAACGACGAGAGGGUUCCGGAAAGGCCCGUUCGGGCCUCGGAUAAAAUGUCAGGGUCGGAGGAGAGCGUGAACUCACUGUUAGCCAGCAUGUAUUCUACCUGUUCUUGGGCCGAGACCCGAGGCCCGUAA